GGGAAGUGUGUGUCGCUGUGGCUCCUGAAUCCACACGGUAUGUUUUUGUUUUUCUGACACUAAAACUACAACUGAAGUCCGCCUGGACAGAUAAUGGUGUUCACACCGAGUGUGAAAGUGAACCACAAGCUGGUGUCUGAUGAAUGAGGAAGUAUGAAGGCUUUGCCCCUGAUUGUGUAUCUGCUGGUUCACUUUUACUCAGGGUUCCCCUCUCUUCCCACCCCGGUGAAUGUUUCUGUCACGUCCAUCAACUUCAGUCAUAUCCUGUGCUGGGAUCCAGGGCUCGGAACACCCCCAGAAGCAGCGUACAGAAUCACCCAAUGGAAAGAGAAAAAGAAGAAAGUGUUAAUACACAAUGGGACCAAUCGAUGCAUCAAAAUGGAGCUGGCAAACUUAGAGAGAUAUUACUUUACGGUCCAGGCAUUGCUCAACCACAGUCGAUCGCUGAAGUCCCGUCGUGUGGCUUUCUUACCUUUCCAAGACACCAUAAUAACUCCACCAACAUUAUCGCUGACUGGAUGUGGCAACUGCAUCCAAAUGACUGUUUCACUGCCUGAGGCUGACAGCAGUGCAAAAUUAAAGGAUAUCCAGGAAUUGUAUCGUUUUGUAUUCAAUGUGUCCUGGAAGAAAGAUGGAGACACAAAAGUGUUGCAUAAAAAAAGCACAAACAAGACCUUUAAACUGGACAAUUUAGAGUUCUACACAAAGUACUGUGUAAAGGUGGAAUUAAAGACGGCUCUGAAUCCAAACACUCAGCCAUCAGAGUGGAGCUGCACCUUUACAAGCACAAGACUCUAUAUAUAUUCAGGAAUAGCAUCUCUUUGUUUGCUUUUCAUCGGCCUGAUGAUCUUGAUCUGUUGCGCCUGCUAUGCUGGAUUCCUGUGUCUGAAGAUAAAAACACCCAGAUCACUGCUCAUGGAUCUAAUCCAUCACUACAUCAUGACACCAGAGAGGACAAUCCCUAACCUGAUCUCCGUCACCUCUGAGAUGGAUGGACCAAAGACAGGAAGCAGUCACACAAUGCCACAGCCUGCCGCCUUGAAUAGCAACUCAAGUGAAGAUGGUGAGGAUGAAGAGAAGGAAGAUGAAAACGAUAAUGCCUACAUAGACAGAAAUGCACAGCUUUCCUCAGGUGCACGAUCCUGCCAAGACUCUCGCGAUGAGUCGUGGAACAGCAGACCCACUAUUUCAGAAGAUUCUGAGAAUUUGAGAGAGAGCUUGCUUGGCGAGAUGGAGGUAGAAGAUGCUGACUGUGACAUGCUAGAUGGAGGGCAUGAUAAACAUGAGGCUCAAGGUUCUGUCAUUUGUGACGAGGCCCAUCCUGGAACUGAGGGAAGGGCCACAGAGGAGGUGGAGGAGGACAUGAAGGAGGAGGAAAUUGAUAGUUCUGGUAAUGUAAAUCUCUUUUCCAUCACCCUUAACACAUCAGAGAGUGAUUUAAAAGAGGAGGAGGACGUUCAGACCACAACAGACUCACUAGUGAACCUUGCAAAUAUGUCCAUUGGAGAGCUUCUUCUGCCCACAGACACACAAUGGACUUUGAGCCACACAGACUCUCAAUGUGAGAAUCACACUGAACUGUCGUUAAUGCAGCCGGAACAAUUAGACUUUAUCGGGGCUGGAUAUGAAUGUAGACACGCAUUAAAUGUUGAUGACAAGCGAUUUGAAGAAGAGGAGGAGGAGGACUUUUCAGGAUAUGUCACACGCACGUGAUAUUUUUGCCUUGUGUGUGUGUGUGUGUGUGUGUGUGUGUGUGUGUGUGUGUGUGUGUGUGUGUGUGUGUGUGUGUGUGUGUGUGUGUGUGUGUGUGUGUGUGUGUGUGUGUGUGUGUUUGGGUCCUGUAUCCCCCCUGGUGCAAAGCAGCACACAACACCUGUCUUCAUUAGUUUCCAACCAGCACAGUUGUCAUUUUCAUGCCCAACACCCACUUUUUUUGGAUGGCAAGUGUAUUUGUACCCUACUGUGCACCCAUGGCUGCAUAGGUCUUAAAAUGAGGUGUUGUCAGGUGGAGUGUUGGUGCAUUGUCAUCACGAAGCAGCAGAAAGCGAUUGUGCAGGAGACCGACGAACACCUGGUCUCAAGAGUUUUUCUGCUCUUUAUGUGAUGCAUUGUUCAGAUACGCCUUACACAGGUGCACCCAUAACACAGGUUCACUCCACUUGUAUACACAACAAUGUGGAACAGAAAACAAAAAAUAAAAAUGAAAAACUAAAGGAAAUAUACUAAACUUUAAUAAUGCUGGUUACCAUAUUUACCAUAUAUUUUUAUGCUGGUUUUCUAACUUAUAGAGCAGAUAGCUCAGUGAGAUAAAGAGUUGGAUUACCAAUAUGAAGACUUGCAUUGUUCCAGUUCACCCAGCCAUAAAUGGGUACCAGCCUUGCCUGGGGAAGUAGCUUGCAUCGGACUGGCGACCCAUCAGGGGUGUGUUGAAAUGUCUCAUCUAUUUUAUGCUCGUAAAGAUAAGCACAGCACUAAUGGGAUUCGGGGUCAAUGUCGGACUUCUCUUUCUGACUUCCUGGGUUUGUUUGUGGGGAGCACCAAAGGGGAGCUGGAGGAGGUGUUGCACUAACCCAAAGAACUCAACUCCUUCAUCUCAGGGAUCUGUGGCAGAUGCUGCUCUCAUAAAUCAUCUCAAGUUGAAUGCAGAUCCAUUUCCUAGUAGUAGACAAUCUGAAAUGGCGAGGCUCUGUUAGAUUAGGCAGCUUUAUUAAAACUAAGUCUUUAUAGAAGAUCUGAUGCUUCUGACAAAGAAAUGUAGACAUUUAUGCAUUAAAGCUCCUCCAAUAGUUGGAAUGUUUUAUGUUCUGCGGUCAGGACCAGAGAUCAAUCAGCUACCUCCCAAUGUCUACAACAGUUGGUCCCAGGAACAAACAGCCCCACAAAGAUCAGAUGAGUAAAUCAGAGAUCACCAAGAUUUCUCAGUAGAUAAAGAUCACUCAGGUAGCCAUAAACUGAAGAGAUAAAAUGUCUGAGUAACCCCAAUGAAUCAAAGGACAGAACAACAAAGCCAUCCAAAGACGUUCUGCAACAGGAUUUCCAUUACACUAGUCAGAAAACCUCCCACUUCAACACGCCAUCAAAAUAGAAACGAGCCAGUACCCAGCUAACAUGACAGAUGACAAUCAGAUGGGUUUGAUUCAUGUUCCACCCAAAACACACCUAUGAUUUAUUAAGAGUCUAAAUACAACCCCCAUUGCACCUUGCACCUUACUAUCCAUUGCGAUUACACGCCAUGUAAAUAGCAAAGGGGAGUCAAGCACACCCCAAAUGCACUUGCUCUAUGUGCUUUAGAUGGUGUGCUAUAGAUUAUGAGGGCCUUAGUGUUAAAACUCACAGAUUAUCCUCUUUUUCCACAAGUUUAGAAUAGAAUAGAAUGCUUUUUAUUGUCAUUAUACACAAGGUACAACGAAAUUAAAAGACAACUCCCGUAGUGCAAAGGU